GAAACCGCUUUGCGAUAGGAUUUACUUAGAUUUUCCGGGAUAGCUCUGUGCCAAUGUUUACAUGAUAAUUUAGGAUGGGAACAACCUUUUACGAUUUUCUUCAAUUAAAAGUCUACUUUCAAGAUAAUAAAUAUAUGGAUAACUAUGUAGGUGUGCAUAGCCCACCUGCAUGUGCCACGUAUCACUAGCUUAUUUGGUCUAGUAGAAUGGCACAACGAGGGAAGAGAGUCAACAGAAACGACAAUGAUUUGGCGUCUUGUCCAGGCGCGAUUAAAAGGCGUAAAUGCAGAUUGGGACCGGCUGCCACAGGUUCAUCGGCCCUUCCAACAGCAACGGGGCCUUCAGAAGAGGAGGAGACGAUGGCGUCGUCCAGUCAAGGGGGGGCAUCCUGGACCCCCCGACCUGUCAGCGACAUUAAGAUUUCAAGUAUAUACAAUCGAUCAGCUGCUGAGGCCCCAGCAGAACUCUUUCGUAAAGAUCUGAUCAGUGCUAUGAAAUUACCGGAUAGCGAACCAUUAAGUUCCAAUGAGUACUGGGUUAUUACUGAUCAGUGGAAACAGGAAUGGGAAAGAGGUGUUCAAGUACCUGUUAAUCCAGAUUCCCUUCCUGAACCAAAGGUUACUGUUACGCAAACAUCUCCUUUGAAAUUACAACAUGGUGAAUUCAAAUUACCUAAAAAAUUUAUAAGAAUAUCCCGAGAUGAUUAUUUCAAUCCUGAAGAUCAUCAUUUAAGUACCACACCUACACGAGCUGAGAAAGCUUGUGCUUAUGAUCUGGAUGAUACAGAUAUUACUUGGUUAGAUGUUUUUAAUGGUGAAAGAGCGCAGGCUGGUCAGUUACCUAUCACAGAAUCAGAACUAGAACAUGUAAUAGAAGAAUUAGAAGUACGGUGUUGGGAAAGAAUACAAACAAUCGUUAAAAAUGAAGAAGGUCUUGGAAUUGAAUAUGAUGAAAAUGUUAUUUGUGACGUUUGUAGAUCUCCUGAUUCUGAAGAGGGAAAUGAAAUGGUGUUCUGUGAUUGUUGCAAUAUAUGUGUACAUCAAGCAUGUUAUGGUAUUACUUCGAUACCAGAAGGUUCAUGGUUAUGCAGAACUUGUUCCUUAAGUCAGCGACCAGACUGCGUUCUGUGUCCAAAUAAAGGAGGUGCAAUGAAGUGUACACGCAGUGGGCAAAAAUGGGCCCAUGUUUCUUGUGCACUUUGGAUACCAGAAGUUAGCAUUGGUUGUGUGGAAAGAAUGGAACCAAUUACAAAAAUAUCCAGUAUUCCGCAAAGUCGGUGGGCUCUCAUUUGUGUUUUGUGUCGUGAACGCGUGGGUGCAUGCAUACAGUGCAGCAUAAAGACAUGUAAAACAGCAUAUCAUGUUACUUGUGCUUUUAAAUAUGGUCUUGAAAUGAAAGCAAUUAUUGAAGAUGAAUUAGCCGAUGAUGGUGUCAAAUUAAGGUCUUAUUGUCAGAAGCAUAGUAGAACGAAUACAAAAGAUAAAGUUGGUGUUGGAGGAAAUGUUGGAAAUAAUGGCGGUAAUGGUGGCACAGAUUCGGAAGAUGGUGAAUCUAGAAAACGUAAACGCAAAGAUAUGACUUCAGAAGAAAAGAACCAAGCUCGUGCAGCCAAGUUACAAGAAAUAGAAGCUGAAUUUGAUAAACACGUAUCUCUAAAAGAUGUCGUAUCGCAACAACUGGAUAUAGAUACUGACGCCGUUAUAUACAUUUAUAAUUAUUGGAAGCUAAAACGAAGGGCUGGUCACAACAAACCGCUAUUGGCACCACGUUGCGGUGAACUUUCAAGUGCCGGAGCACGCGCUCAAGGCCAAGCAGCAGAUUUAGAAAAGAUGCGUACAUUUGUACAGCUACGACAAGAUUUAGAACGAGUCAGAAAUCUCUGCUACAUGGUUGGUAGACGCGAGAAAUUGUGCCGUACUUUCUUGAGGUUACGCGAGCAAACAUUUCACAAGCAAUCAUUGAUAUUAUCCGGACCUCCGUUACCAUCAGCUGUAAUUGCAUCUGUAUUGGCAGCUAAUCAUGGACCAUCGAUAUAUGAUCGUUUAUAUUCUCAUCCUGAUUCAGAGGAAUAUACGCGCGACAUUGAGACAUUGAUCGCAAGAAUUGCUGGAAUUAGAUCACCGACACCAGUCUCGAGUAAUGAAAAGAAAGUACAACCAGAUUUUAAUGGUGCAUCUAAUAAAAAGAUUUACUUCAAUGGUUCGGUCAGAAAGAAAAGUUUAUAUGGUAGUGACUUAUCAUCUAUGAGCAGUAGUGAACCAGACGUAAUUAAAAGUACUGUCAAGACGUCCAACAAAUGUUCGAACAAAUCGAAAAAUUGCCAACUCGAGAGCGACUCGAGCACGGAGGAUGAAGUAAUAAAUUCACCCAAGACGAAAACAGCUAGACGCAAAGCCAAGAAAUCAUCUGGUGUUCAAGAUAGAACUCAUUCUUUGCUUCAAGAAAGUAGUGAAAGUGAUAAAUUAGAUACUGUGAAUAAUAGAUCUCGUACGUUACAACAUAUGGAAAAAGAACUUGGUAGUGCAACAGGAAGUGAGAGUGAUGAGUUGUUGACUUUAAACACCAAUUCGGCAACGCGUCUAGGACCUUCUGCUGCUUCAGCAAUAUAUUCAGAUACGGAUUCAGAUUCUCAAGAACAUGCUUCUCAUUCAGCUGUACUUAUAACUAAAGCUGCAGUUAAGGAAUUUUCUGCAGCAGACAUAUCGAAAAAUUCGCAAAAGAAUUUCACUUGCAAAGAUACUAAACAGGAUUACGUGGACGAUUCGACUAAGAACAAAGAGAACGUUAAGAGCGCGAAGAAAAAAGAAUAUCCUUCCGCUCUUAUAGUACCUCAAAGACAAGCUGCGAAAAAGGCUUCCGAAAUCAUGCAACGAUCGCAAGCUAAGAGGGACAAUUUGACAACAGAAUCUGUCGAAUUCGUUAAAUCGCCCGGCGAAGAAACUAAAUCUUCGAAACAACCUAAAGAGAAAUCAUCCGGUAAAAAACAAAAGGAUAAUAAAAUGUCUAAAGAUCAAACUAAGACAAACGACGUUUAUGAUUUUGACAAAGAAUUUGGCGACGGUAUGGAAAUUCUCGCUUACGUACCGCAAAGACAAGCUGCGAAGAAAGCAGCUGAACAUAUUAAAAGUGGUAUGGGUACUAAGAUCGUACAACCUGAUGUCGAAACGUUAGAUGUUAAGCCAAAGAAAGAUUCGCCGGAUAGCGGGAAAAAGAAAGAAAGUAAGAAGGAAGAAAAUAAAAAGGAGGAAUCACCCAAGAAGGAAGAAAUUGUUAGGAAAGAGACGAAGGAGGAUCCAUCGAAAAAAUCGAAAAAAUUAUCAGAGUGCAAAUAUUUAUCUUCUGUAUUAUCGAGUAAUAGCGAAAGUAGCAGCAGUAGUAGUUGUAGCAGUUCAUCUGAGAGUAGCAGCGACACGGAUGAUAGUAAAAGUCCUGUGCAACAAAAUCGAAGUUCUGUUAAAGAUCAAGCGUCUUCGUCUAAUACGUCUUCUGAAAGUGAUACUGGCAAUCAAUCCAAGAAUAAGGCUGUAGUUAAACGACCGUUUAUUAAAUCGGUAGACGAACCUAUAGAAUCUGAUAAGAAAAAGAUUAUAGGACGAAAACUCAAGAAGCUGCCCGAUAAGAAGCUUAAAACUUCCGACGGGCGGCAUGGACCAGAGUUUCAGCCGCCGUCUACUGAAAGAGAAGAAUCAAGCGGAACCUCAAUCUCUAAAGAACAUCAACAACAUCAACAUCAACAACAGCAGCAACAACAACAACAACAGCAACAGCCAGAAGAAUUACAACAACAAACAAUUAACAAAAAAUCAGAUCAAAGAGAGUCAUCUAAAAAAUCCGGGAUAUUACAGCCACAGCUACCAAGUGACCAAAAUCUGUUUAGUGGGUCUCGAAAUAAUGAUGGGUCACGAAAUCUUUCUGGGUCCAAAUCUGUCAAAAAGUCCAAUCAAAUUGUCAAACAAUCAGAACAACCAUCUUCCAAAAUUAAAGAAGACAGUAGUACAGGAUCUAGAACAAAAUCAGAUACACGCAAACGAAAAUUUAAUGAUAUUCUCCCAUCAAAAGAUGACAAAAACAUUAAAGAGACAUCUUCCUUUAAGAAAGGUGAAAAGAAAUUAACUGAAAAGCCAAGUAAAGAGAUUGAAAAAGAUAUUAUUAACAAGGAUAAUUCUAAAACGGUUGCGGUAGAUUCUACAAAGUGUAUUGAAAGUACCUUAAAGACGGAUGAUAAGAAAAUCAAAAAACCUAGUAAUAAAAAUGCAGCAAAUACGUUAGAGGAAGAAAUGAAACAACGUCGUGCCGAAAGAGAUAGUCCAAAGAAAUCUCUAAAAGGAUUGGACAAACUUCUCGAGAAACGCGAACACAUGGACAAAUUAUCGAAAAAUAAAAAUACAGAAGUAAAGAUAGAAAAAGCAAUAUGUAAUGAACAAAGUAAUACAAAAGGAUCUGUUCAAGAUACACUUCUCAUAAACGAUACGAUAAAGAGCGAAGAUCAUAAGAAUCACAUCAGCGAGAAUAAAAUGAUUGUUGAUAAACCAAAAUCAGAAGAAGUGUCAAUUAAGAAUGAUGUUACCGAAAUAACUCAUGACAAAUUUUCGGAUAGAAAAAGUAAAAGCGAGGAUAAGAUUGAAAGUAUGCCUACCACGGAUUCUUGUGAAACUCGAUUAGCUGCUAUCGAAGAGACGACAAUGACAAAGGAAGGAAGGGACGAUGUCUUUUCGAAACCGACACUCGAUAAAAUCGCAGUUUCCGAAAAUGUGGAGAAGGAAGUUAACAAAAGAAAGAGAUCUACUAAUCGUUCAAUAUUCUCACCUCAACACGGCAGCAAAGAUCCUAGCGUAUCAGAAUUGUUUGAUUUUGAUCAAGACAUGUUAACGGAUGACAUGGUAAACGAUGACGGCUUUAAUAUUCCUCGCGAUGCCGAAGAAAGAUCAGCACCUUUAAUGUUUUCAUUCAAUAAUGAAUUGUGGUUUAAAGAAGAUUCCAAGGAAGACAGUGCUCGAGAGACAUUACAUUUGGUUGAAAAACUACGUAUGGAGUUGUCGAAAAAAUCGAAUCCUAGUCAGUUCGAACUAGAACCAGUCACAUUAGAGGACGAAAUAAAGAAGGAAGAGACGCAAGUUGAAAAGUCUCUCGAUCAAAUUCCCGAAGAGAACGAGGUAAAGAUCUUAGAAACAGAGACUGCACCACCAAUGCAAGAGAUGAAGAAUACGGAGGAGCUUGCUCGAACGUCCGACGAUAUUGCUUGUAAAAAUCAUGCGACAGAGGAAAAACGAAAAUUGUGUUAUACGAACAACAGUGAUCAUUACGUGCCCUAUAAUAACGAGGAUCUUGAAACCUCUAAAGUAACUGUGGUCGAGCGUGCUAAGUUGGACAGAGCCGAAGCGGACGAACGGUGGGUGCCACCGAGUAUAGAGAACUUUAGUUCAGCGGAUGUGCACUUAAACGCAUUAAUGGAUAAUCAAAAUCACCGUUAUGGCAAUCAUCAAUUUACAAACGAUAUUGCUAACGUAUUACCGGAAAGUAAUCCCGAUGUUUUGGUACAUUCACAAUUGAAUAUGAACAUGCAGGAACAAUAUCUCUUGCAACAGACUCAUUCCAUGGUCCGUGCUGCUCAACAUUUAGAAUCGCACGCGGAAAAUCGAGCACAAUCUAUGGCAGUAAUGGAUCAACAAGUGACAGGAAUAUCCACGCAAAUGGUAGACGAAAUAACGCCGAUGGAAAUGGUUAACAGGCAUCUCAUAGGUUUGCCAAAUUCGGAGGAUGAUCAGGGAAGCGAGAUGGAUCGAGUAUUGGAGAAAGAGGAAAUGUCAUCGGAUAUGAGACAAGAUUAUGUUCAAAACGGUUCUCCGUACAAUGAGAUGAAUCCUUCGCGUCAGGAUACUCGUUGGGCGGAGAGUCAAGUAUUACCAUCGCGAAGAUCGACGUCUUCUUCGAUCACGUCUGCCUCAUCCGGUGAGGAUCACACAGCGAUUCCUCCGUACAAAAACAUACCACCUAUGCCAUUCCCAGCAUGUUCGGCGAUGGACGCAGCGGCAUAUCACGCCUAUUCCGAAGCUAACUCUUAUGCUGGUCCCGUUUCUCUAUUCCCACCUCAACCAUGCAGUGCUCCUUUACCUUAUCCAUCCCCAGGCACGGCAAUGUUUCCACCACCCUUCGGGGCACCAUUUCCUACCCCGCAAUCCUUAUUAUCGCACGUACCUAAGCCAUUGGAAGAUUCGUUGAAUAUGCAAGCAUCACCGUGUACCGCAGCUUUCACAUCCUCUUCUCACAACAUGGCCUUGACCGCAGCAAUGGUAUCACCUACGAAAGUACCAACACCACCACCUCAAUCGGCACAGCCGUCGCUCGAGACGGAACACGAACCACCUCAAUUACAACAGGAUACGAACGUAUCCGUGAUGCCACCGAUGAUACCAUCAUUCCUCGAUGGCACGACAACAACGGUAACUGCUACAGCUGCUGUAGUAACCACUGCAACGACUAUAACUACAACAACUUCUGCAUCCAUGUCAACGGCAAUAUCGACGACUAUGUCACCUACACCAAUGGCAACGGUGACCACGGCGUCGUCGACGACAUUGACGUCUACGGUACAAGUUAGCGAAGCAGCCGCAGCUGCAGUUGUUGCUGUUGAAAAUACUCAAGAAGUUCAGGUAGAUUGCAAGACGGUAACGGUGCCGCAACAAUCCGGCAAGAAAUCGCCAUCGAAACCUACGAGAACAUCUGCCAGGGUUACCUCCCUUCAAGGAAAAUCUCCUGGAAAAUCGCCUAGACAUGGAGAGACAAUCAAAAGUACUUCCGUUAGCAGUACCGGUACACGUGGUCGUGGUCGCGGGGCAAAGGGUGGACAACAGCAACAGUCGGGUUAUAGAAAUCGUGGUCGUGGACGGGGUAGGGGUCGAGGUAGAAACAAUCAGACCUCUACAAUCAUGCUCUCGACUUUCCCCUCGAACGCUAUGCACAACGACGAUUCGAUUCAAAACAAGCUCGUCGGCACGGUUUACGAUUUCGAUUCUGACGAGGAUUCGACGAACGAGACCAACAUUGCAGACCUGCGGACGAUGCGUGAAAGGAAAAAGUCUACCGACAUCGGAGGUGAAAAGAGAGGAGGCGAAGGCUCGCUCCUAAUGACCAAUGACGGAAUACAUCAGUCUCGUCUCUCUAGUCCGAGUACGUUACAUAAAAAAUACUCCGACGAUAAGAGGCUAUCGUCACCAGCGAUGCACGAUGCCAACGUGGCGAGUGGUGGUGGAGUAGUUGCUGGUGCCGGUGGUAGCGGUGCCGUAAGCGUUUCUGCUGUAGUCGGGAACGUUACAGCGGCGGCAGCAGCAGCAGCAGCAGCCAUCGCUGAAUCCGAAUCGAAUGCCGGUCAAGUGUUUGCCGAUACUGUUUUACCGUUGCUUCCAGGUCCAGUCGAUAUGCGAACUUAUAACUCGAACGUCGAUGCACCCAGUUCGUCAUUGAGCCAUUCACAAUCGUACGCAAAUCAUUUUCUCAACACGCUCGCCGCCGGUGUUUCUACGGAUUCAGUAUUGCCAGAUAUCGAGGAGGAUAUCGAUAAAGAGCUGCAAUCCUCUCUGAUCGCUGGUAGCAAACAACAGGUCGAUCCCUCAUCGAAGAUUAACUAUAACAAUCCGAGCAUAGACACCGUAAUGGCAUCUUCGUCUAACUUCAAAGAAACCAGCAAAGUAUCCCUCUCGGAGUCUCGUAAUCAAUUGAAAGUUAAAAUCAAAGGGCCAUUCCUCGAUGCGAAUUACGUGCCGGCAUCGUCGGUACCGCCGUUGGCGCAACAGGCACCUGUCAUCAUAACGCCUGCCGCUACCAGUGCAUCGGUGGCCUCUGGAACGUCGAAUCUUCGAAGGAUGCGUAAGAAAGAACUCCUGCGACAGUAUUGUUCGCAGGAUAUGAACAUGGACGGCGAUCCGGCAUGCGGUAACGCGACCUCCGCACCUAUCAUUCUACCUCCUGUCAAUCGUACAGUCAUAACGAUACCGAAAGCUGUAGCGUCGAUGACGAGUAUACCAACUAGGGAAGAUUACAAAGCGGUUGUAGAUGCUAAUAUGGAAAAGAAACGAAGAAAAGAAAGGGGAAGUUUCCUCGACGCGGUAGACGAGGAAGGUGUUUCCGAUCGAAGACGGGGCGGAGGAAGCGGAGCUGGCGGAAUGAUCUUUGGUGGAAACGUAGAUCGGGGUAGGAGAGGUAGACAAGCAAAACCAUCAGUUACGACGAUGUCAUCUUUGAGUGGCUCAGCGUCGGGAGCAGCAGCCGCAGCUGCUGUUGCAGCAACAGGUAAUACGGCGGGUGCUACCGCAACGGGAGUGAUAGCACCGACCGCUGCAACAGUCGCGGCUACGGGUACUGCAACAGCUGCAACUGCUACUACCGUCACGACCAACAACACCGGCCCACCAAAGUUAAAGAUCAAAAUAGGUAACAGUAUAAUCGGCCAAGAAAUGGGCAACGUGCAACAAGACGAUAGGACUAGAAUAAGGCCUCCGAAAAAACGAUUGAGCAGUAUUCCUACUACACCAAGUAUAGAAGAACUUCGCAGGGAGAGCAUGAAAUUCCGACGCAUGAUAAUGGCCGGUUUUGACAACGACGACGAGAAAACGAAAGGAAAGAGUAAGAAAGAUAGGAACGGUAAAAGAAAGAGACGUCAGUCUAGUAAAAAGGAAGCUCGCGUUCAAAUCUUAGAGGGUUGCGCGUCUACGCCGAAAUUAAUAAUACGAAUAGGAAAGGGUACGAGCAAUUCGUCUAGCAACGAAUUUCGCGAACCUAGCAAUGACAUUUCGAGCUUCCUCACUGGUGGCAUCGACGUGGCCGAGCGUGGUGGACGUGGUGGGGAUUCGAAAAACGCUGAAUAUGAUGCACGAAUUGGUGUACCACCUGCUGAACCUUCCAAGGAGGAACAUACCUAUCCUAUGGACAGUGUCAUUGACGAUAAACAACCGACGGAUUCUAAUACGAGUGCCACCGCCCUUAGGAACGUGCGUUCCGCUAAAGUUACACCAAUAAGAUUAAAAUUGACUCGUUGUCAGGAAGGUUACGAACUUAAGGAUCCAGUGGCAAGUAGUAGUAGUAGUGCGAGUGACGAUAGUGCGCUGGUGAACUCCUCGCUUUCGUUAACCACCUCCUCCGAGUUAACGUGUAACGAUUCUAGAAGCGGUAAAAUCUCGGAUAAUAAACAAUCUUCCAAAGAGGACGAUAUUCCUUUGCUGUCCCAAAACGCGACACACAAUUCGUCGGGAUGUCCGCCUGCGCCGCUCCCACAAGGAUGCCAAGUUAGGUGAUAAUUAAUGAUAAUUGUAUAAAUAUACGAGAACUAUAAUGGAUGAUUAUAAGAUUUAUAUAUAGGAGAACAAA